CGGCGCUGGCAUCGCUGCUCUUCUGCUUUUCCCACGUGCGUGUCUGUGCAGUGAGUGAGCUCUGCGGCGAUGACCCUCGUUGGAACGUUAGAAAAUGAAAGUUGCGAGAAUGGUGUGCCUCCAACGGCGAAUCUGGACGCUCAGGAUGGCAAGAUGAACGGCUUAGAUGUGACGUCUAACGAAGAGGGUCUAGCGAUGGAGGGCUCCACAGAGGAUCCGCCGCAGGAGCUGGUGUUUGUGCAGGACACUGGGUUCACCAUCAAAAUCUUGGCGCCUGGAUUGGAUCCUUUCGACAUUCAGGUGAGCUCCAUGGAGCUUGUUCAAGAGAUGCACCAAUUGCUGAUGGACCGUGAAGACACCUGCCACAGAACAUGCUUUAGCUUACAAUUGGACGGCCAGACAUUGGACAACUUUGCUGAACUGAAAACUAUAACGGGCCUCCAAGAGGGAUCUGUAGUAAGAGUGGUUGAAGAGCCCUACACAGUACGAGAAGCACGGAUUCACGUGCGCCACGUGCGAGACCUUCUCAAGUCGUUAGAUCCGGCGGACGCCUACAACGGGUGUGAAUGUGCUUCCCUGGCUUUCCUCAAUGUCGUUACUCAAGGUGACAUCUUAGAGAAAAAGGGUCGUCCAGAGUCUGUGGACUGCACUCCUCCGGACUACAUCCUCCCUGGUUCAAAGGAUCCACCGCCAUUAAUGCCUCUUCUGCCUUUGCAGGCAAAGGAACAGAAGGCAGCGAGCCACCAGCAGGCUUUGAAGGUUUUGACAAUGAGCGGCUGGAACCCACCGCCAGGCACUCGCCGACUACACGGGGACCUGAUGUACCUGUAUGUGGCAACGGUGGAGGACAAACGCUACCACAUUACAUCAUCCACCAGGGGAUUCUAUCUGAAUGAGUCAACAGAGGAGGUAUUUGACCCACGGCCAGUGACACCAAAGCACGUGUACCACUCCCUGGUGGACCUUUUGAGCCAAGUAAGCCCAGCAUUUAAGCGGCACUUUGCACUGAUACAGAAGAAGCGCACUCAGCGGCAUCCAUUUGAGCGUGUGGCAACACCCUACCAAGUGUACUCGUGGCUGGCACCUCCGCUGGAGCACACCUUGGACUCCAUUCGAGCAGAGGACGCUUUCUCGUUCAAACUGGGCUACGAGGAGCACAUUCCGGGGCAAACGAGGGACUGGAAUGAUGAGCUGCAGACAACCCGGGAACUGCCACGGCGUACCCUCCCCGAACGACUCCUACGAGAACGCGCCAUCUUCAAAGUUCAUGCCGAUUUUGUGGCCGCAGCAGCGCGAGGAGCUCAGGCAGUGGUUGACGGCAAUGUCAUGGCUAUCAAUCCUGGAGAGGAGACGAAGAUGCAGAUGUUUAUCUGGAACAACAUAUUCUUCAGUCUUGGAUUUGAUGUGCGCGACCACUACAAGGAGCUUGGAGGUGAUGCAGCUGCACAUGCAGCACCUGCCAACGACCUGCAGGGUGUUCGCGCCUAUGCGGCUCUCGACAUUGAGGGACUGUGCACGCUGGGGACAGUGGUGGUGGACUAUCGGGGUUACCGCGUCACUGCGCAGUCCAUUAUACCGGGCAUUCUCGAGAGAGAGCAGGACCAGUCGGUUGUUUACGGAUCGGUAGACUUCGGCCGGACAGUCGUUGCUUCGCAGGAAUACUUGGACCUGUUGAAGAAAGCAGGGAAUGCACUCAAGAUUCUACCCCACAAGGUAGUGAACGAAAAGGAUGAAGAGGUGGAGCUGUGUUCUUCUGUGGAGUGUAAGGGCAUAGUAGGCAACGACAACCGUCGCUACAUUUUGGAUCUGCUGCGUACAUUUCCUCCCGAUGUCAACUUUCUUGUGCUGGAUGAUGUUGAACUGUGCCAAGAAGCUAAGGAUGCAGGCUUUCCAAGGCGUCACCGGCACCAGUUGUGUACACUGCGCCAGGAGUUGGUGGAUGCGUUUGUGGAGUCCCGGUAUGUUCUUUUCAUGAAGCUCGCUGCUUACCAUCUGCAUGCCCUAGAGAGCAACCCGGGGACGGAGGAAGAAAAGAAGGAAGUAAUUGAAGGAGUGGACAACCACAAGGAUGUCAUAGCCAAAGCUGCACAGGGUGUGGGAUCACUUAAGGACACGGAAUUUGAUGUACGCUUCAACCCUGAUGUGUUUUCUCCCGGUGUAAAGCCUGCAGGCGAUGAGAACCAGCUGAGGAAGGAGAAAUCAUUGGUUGUGGAAGCAGCAAAGUACUUGGUAACGGAACAACUACCUGGCUUCGUGAAGGAUUGCCUGGACCAUUCUGCAUCCCCCGUGGACGGAAUUACCCUCUCGGAGGCCCUCCAUGGAAGAGGCAUCAACAUUCGUUAUCUGGGCACACUAGUUAAUAUGAUCAGCUCGGUUGAGCAACUGAAAUAUCUACAGGGCAUAGCGAUGUGCGAAUUGGUGUGCCGCAGUGCAAAGCACGUGUUUGCUACUUACCUGCAAGGAGUGGAAGCGUGCCAUUUGGCCCAAGCCAUGAGCCACUUCCUAAACUGUCUGCUGGGUUCCGCGCCAUGCACCGCACCUCUGACGGAAGACCGUACCAAUGGGGGACGCCGACGUGGCAGGCGGCAGCGUCGACACCAGGGCCCUCUUCAGGACAGUACAGAGUGGACACAGCUGAACCAACGGUCACUCUGGGAGCAGGUGAAAGGAGAGAUGGAAUCUUACUACGGCUGGCGUCCAGAAGACCCACAGCCGUCUUCUCUAGAGGAAGUAUCUGAACCGUUGGGCCUACAGCGAAUCGUGCUCCUUCGCAACUUCUGCCACAAAACGGGUGUGCAGUUAGCACACAGAGAGUACGGCCUUGAGCACCACACACGGCCUCCGUUUUCGCCAGAGGACGUGCUCCAAGUCUUCCCACUUGCAAAACAUGUACAGCCCAGGGCUUCGGAUGCGUUACACUUCUACGCUACGGGCCAGAAUAAGAUUCAGCAGGGCUUCCUCAGAGAGGGCUACGAACUGGUGAGUGAGGCCCUCAACCUCAUGAACAACGUGUACGGGGCCAUGCAUCCGGAAAUUGCCCAGUGCCUCCGGCUUCUGGCACGGCUCAACUACAUAAUGGGUGACUAUGCCGAGGCAAUGGCGUAUCAGCAGAAAGCUGUGCUGAUGAGUGAGCGUGUGAACGGUAUCGAUCACCCACACACCAUCACGGAGUACACGCACUUGGCACUGUACUGCUUUGCCAACUCUCAAGUUACCACUACACUGAAGCUACUCUACAGAGCACGCUACCUUUUGCUGCUUGCCUGCGGAGAACUCCAUCCAGAGAUGCCUGUCCUGGAUAGUAACAUUGGUCUCAUCCUGCAUGCUGUCGGGGAAUAUGAUCUCUCCCUGCGAUUCCUCGAGAAUGCCCUCAAACUGAAUAUCAAAUUCUACGGCAGCCGUAGCCUAAAGGUGGCGGUGAGCUACCACCUGGUUGCCAGAGCGCAAUCUUGCUUAGGGGACUUCCGUGGUGCACUUCAAAACGAGCGUCAGACGUACACUAUUUACAAGGCACAGCUAGGGGAAGAACACGACAAGACACGAGAAAGCUCAGAGUGCCUACGUCACCUGACGCAACAAGCGGUGGUCCUUCAGAAGAAGAUCAAUGACAUAUACAAGAAGAGCAACGCUACGUUACCUCCACUUCAGAUCCAAGCUCCACCUCAAAGCAAUGUCCUCGAGAUGCUCAACAUUAUCAACGGAAUUUUGUUUGUGCAAAUUAGCCCACAGGAUAUCGAGAACUUCAAGGCAGAGCUUGAACGGCGCCAGGCAAAGAAAAGCGUUCCUCUUAUCAGCACCAAUGGUGACACACCUUCGGAAGACAUGCUGGAAGUGUCCAGUCGAUGAGUGGUGUAGCAAAAAAAAAACAGGGAAAAAAAAACAUUUUGUGUAGCUUUUCCAUACAGACAAGUAGCUCAACGUGUGCACCGUCCUCCAACGGGUGGUUCGUAGUCGUUGCAUUGAACUUUAUACUUGUACAGUCAGGUGUAUUGUGCCGUAGUAGGCAUGUUGUUAGCAAUAUUUUUUGUUGAUAGUAGUUGUUCAAGUCUUUUUUUUUUUUUUCACCUCAGUCACGAGUCACAGAAGAACAAGGAGAACAAGAAGAAAAAAACCUGGCUGUCGCUAGUCAUUUUGUUAGUGAAAGCAACAGUGCCUUUGCAGUAUGUUGUUGCAUAUUAAUUAACACCAGCAUUACUUUAUUGUUCAUUUGAUGAAAAGGUAUGCUGGAUGUGCAUUUUUUGACAAACAAAGCCUAUGCAGCCAUGUCUGCGGAAAGAGAGACAGACAUCGUUGAUGUCUGCGGACUUUAUCUGGUAUGAGCAAAAGUGUGAACUGUUCUAUACAACCAGGGGAAUGUUGUCGUGCCUGUAGAUUAAUUAAUAGCAUUCCACGGCUGUACAUUCAACAGAAUUUUGUUGCACCAGCAGGAAAUUGUGUUCAAACUGGGUGCUCUCAAACUCUAGCCUCCUAUGCAAUUUUCAGCUGAAACCGUUUAUUUCGAACAUGGCAACAGGAAAAUAGUAUUGGGCUCUAUAAUCCACUUUCAUUUAGCUCUUGUCAUCCGUUUUGCAUAAACUGUUCAGGAAAAAAGUCUGCAGUUCUCAUAUGCAAACUCCAUUCUUUCUGUUAUCUGUCUGUUGCUGCUAUAGUUAGUGCAUUUUGAGUGGAGGCAAAUUUUUGCUCCAGAAGGAUAUUUGCAUUUACUAAUGCAAUAGUGACUGUGUAACACAAAAGCCUCAUGUUUUUCAGCCCCUGAGUCAUGAACACUAUGGAAGAUUGGUUGAGAGAUGUGCAACCUUGUUAUAGUUGUUAUAGUUUUUGUGUGAUGCAUAAACAAAAUCUUAAUUUGUGCAGUGCUCAAGAAAUUUAGCAGGCCAUGUGACUCACGUCAAACGUUUGAAAGUGUCAAACGUUUCAAAGAAAAUGUUCCGCUUUUCAGCAAGUUCCUUUAAAGGGGCACUGAAGUGCAAAAAUUUCUCACUGAAUGAAUGAUGUCCAUACCUUUAUACCAACACAAAAGGAAUGGGAUUCAUUGGCCGCGUCUUUGGUGCUUUAUGAGCGAAAGGAACCGCAAUGUACGUUUCCCUCUCUCUCCACUCCUCAAGAAGCAUGACAAUGUGGAGAGGCAUCUGAUUGGUCUCUUCAAGCAAUCUCUGACGACGAUUGGACAAAAUUGUUUGGACCCUUGCUGUUGUUGCGCCAAAAAACAGAAUCAAUCAGUCAAAAAUCGUUUGAGGAGACCAUCGUUUGUUGGCCACCUCGAGAAUGAGAGUGAAAGCAUAAAUUGCAGUUUCUUGCACUCAUAAAUGAUGAUACCUGCAAUGCCUGUUCCUUUCAUGUCUAUGUCAAGGUAACAGUGUCUCUCGUUUUAGGUGAGGGCUUUGUCGAGCUUUUUAGGAUUACAAGAAGCAAUGUGGUAACUGUGAGAAUGAGCUGUAAUACCAGUGGUUCUGACGAGAUGAAAAAGUCUUUGGCGCAAUGUGAAACCCCGCAUGUGCAAAACUGCGUCUGCUUUGAUGGAGCAGCAGUACAGUGUGUAACCUUCACCUAGAUAAACACUUUGCCAUGAUUACUGCCCCGCCACACGUUACAGAAACUACCUGUAGCCUUCACCAGUGUUUGUCAAGAAGGGCAACUGGCUGUAUCCUCAUGAAGUUGUAAACAAAUCACUAAAGGGGUGUGAGUAAACAGCGAUAACCUGGCAAGGCAUCAGUCUAUGCGGAGUCGCGUACAAAACGCUAUUGGCACAUAGGCAGACUUCGUUUGGACUUCGAUAGGUUCGGGAAAAAAAGGCGUAACUCGCACAAAAGUAUGAAUAGCAAAACUCGAUGCCUGCUUGAGGUCACUAAGGAUUAGAGCCAAUUUUUUUUUAGAACCUUGUGGAGAAGAUGUGUAUUGAGAUUUUACUUCUCUGGAUCCAAAAUAAAACUUCCCAGUUAAGUA